UUUUUGUAUCAAAGUUAAUUAUGUCUAUAAAACAAGUUAGUUCUGUUAAUUAGGUGUGCUUAUAGAUUGUAAUAAGAUAAAGUCUUCCAGGAAAAUUAAUAAAAAAGGAUGAUAUCACGUUCAAAACACCGUUCUUCGGUCGAAGUGUGCUCUGACUGUGGAGCAUCGGAUCCAUCAUGGGCAUCUAUUAACCGUGGUUUGCUGCUGUGUGCCGAGUGCUGUAGUGUUCACAGGAGUAUGGGAAGACAUAUUUCACAUGUUAAAUCAUUACGACAAGGAUCUUGGCCUCCUUCGCUUUUAUCUAUGGUGCAAGCUCUGACAGCUCAGAAUGUCAACAGUAUAUGGGAACAUUCGUUACUCGACACUUCAGCUCCUAAACAUUUAAGAAAGAAACCGCAACCAAAAGAUCCUCUUCACCCAAUAAAAUCAGAAUUCAUACUAGCUAAACACCUAAGGCUAGCAUAUGUGUUGAGAGCAAGAAGAGAUGAACCACCAAGUGAGCUUGGAAGACAAUUGCACAGUGCCGUGAGGAGUUCCUCACUAGACACUGCUAUGAGACUUCUUGCUCAAGGAGCUGACCCUAAUUAUUAUAAUCAGGAGAAGGGUAGUACAUGUUUGCAUGUGGCGUGUCGCGCGGGACAGCCGGCGCAGGCCGAAUUGCUGGUGGCAUGGGGCGCCGAUCCCACUGCGAGAGAUAGCACCGGUAAUCCACCCGCCGACUGUGCUAGACAAGGCGGGCACUCGGAGCUGGCGGAGCGGAUGACGGAGCUGGUGUACGAGGCGACGGACCGCAUGAUCCACUUCCUGACGGGCGAGCGGCCGCAGCACUCGGCCGGCCGGCACUACAUCGUGCCGCGCGCGCACGACACGCACGAGAUGACGGACGUGGCCAAGGCGGCCCGCGGGAAGCUGCAGCUGCUGCCGAAUCAUCUGUUCGAAGAGCUCGUUAUGGAUAUCUACGAUGAAAUAGAUAGACGGGAAACUGAAGCGAUUUGGCAAACGAGUGCAACCGGGCUGGAGCGAUGCGGGGUAGCGUUCCUGCCGGUCAACCCCGCGCUGUCGGCGCCGCGCAACCAGGGCCGCCAGAAACUCGCGCGCCUGUCCGCGCCCGAGCUGGCGGCGCUGCUGCGCGACGUGCUGCUGGACGCCACGCGCCGCCAGCGCCUCGCCACGCUGCAGCCCAGAGGUUUAACGGGGCCGUUAAAUCCAUUACUGUCGGCGAGCCAUCUUAAACACUUUUCCCAAAUGUCCGAUGAUGAGCCCUUAUACGACUCGGUCGCGUCAGACGAAGAUUACGCUGCGCUUGCGCCGAUAGACUUAGAUAUGUCCAGCGCAGACCCACGAACCGCCGAGACGGUAUCUUCUACUUACAAUCCUUCGCUUCCAACUGAACAGUCUACUUUGGAACUGCCUCGUACCCACUCCCCGAGCCCCGCACACAGCUUGCCCGAGCGAAAAACGGAAAUCGAAUCAUUAAAGAAAGAACUUGACAACCGAGAUUCCACCAUCACAGAACUAAAGAACCAGCUCAAGAACCUUCAAACGAUAGUGGAACAGUUGACAAAAGAGAACAGCGCUCUUAAGACCACCAGCAGUGUCGAUGAUGACCAGAGUAUGACCUCUCAAGCGUCGAUAAACGAGAGCAACAACACUCUCGACUUGACUCCUCAAGAGAGAGGCCGGAGCCUGGAGACGGAACAGCUCACGUUGUCCGAGGACGUGGACGUGAGGCAAUCGCUGAAAACUGUUCAGCGACCGGUCAGUAUGUUUGAGGCUAGGGAGGGACCAAAGAAUAACUGGCAGGUUACUAAACACCAGCUGACGAGUAUUCCGGGGCUGGAGCGCUCGCUGACGCAGAGCGCCAUCGAGGGCGCGGCGGGCGCGGGGGCGGGCGCGGACGCGGACGCGAGCGCGGAGGUGCAGCGCCGCGCCGAGGUGGUGACGCGCUGCAUACAGGAGCUGUGGGCGGCGGCGCGCCUGCACCGGUCGCGGCUGCCGGAGUGCGCCGAGUCCAUUCGGAGCGCCGUGGCGGCGCUGCUGGCGCUGUUCCCGCAGGCGCCGGCGGACGCGGCGCUGGGCGCGGUGCUGCAGCAGCUGCGCGCGGCGGGCGACGCGCUGGCGCGGGCGGGCGGCGCGCGCGCGUCGCUGGACCGCGUGCGCGCCGCCGCCUACGAGCUGGCCAAGGCCACCAAGCUGCUGGUGACGCACGUGCAGCCGUCCUAGCGCGCCCGCCCGCGCGUCGCGUCGCUGUAGGCGGCCGCGCGGGCGCUGCUGCGCUGCUGCGCGCCGCCCCGGUAGUGCGGCGCCCGAGUGCGAGACUCCCCGUUAUAUUCUGUUCUUAUGUGCGAAGGAAAAAUCUGAUUCGUUCCGUUGUAAUGCAUUCAGGUAAAUUUUGUAUUACCUGAAAGGUUGUCGGUGUCUAGUGUAUUGAAAUGUAUUAUGUUAGGAAUUCAAUAAGAAAUGGCUAACGAGCGAGUCUAUCGAGACAACAUUGCUUCUGUUUAGUAAAAUUGAAAUUUCUUCAAGAUACUUAACCAUGAUCCUCAAGGAAGCCAUUUUUCAAAAAAUGAAUAAACCAUCAGCUGUAUUCGUCAUUUCUUUUGUUUAGACGCUUCUCAUAAGUGCGCCGUGCACUCACUUGUUGUCCAAUUAAAUUAUAUUAUACUUCGUGUUAACUCACCUGACAGAGGUGAAUUUUGACUCAUAAGAAGAAUAUCUAUUUAGACAAUAAUAAGUUGAAGUGAAAUUUCACACAUCCUUAAUCUCCUAGACAAACCCACUCUCAUUAUUGGCUUAUUCUCAUCCUAUUUCUGUAAAAUUGAACAGUUUUCUAUGUAAAUUGCAUGGAAAGGUAACCCAGGCCCAGCCGCCUGCUUUACACCAGCCUUCUUUGAGAAUGUUUUUACUAAUACUUUGGUUCUUCAUCACCAUAUGGAUAAGGUGCUUAAAUGCUUGAUUGUUGAAUUAGUGUUAGCAAAAUUUUCCUUAGACGGCUCUUACUUUUAGCGAAGGGUUAAUAUGGUAUGGCUUUCUUCUCUUGAGCCAGUAUACAGAUAUCAAUUAUAUGAAAUUUAUAUAUAAAAUGUAAUAAUAAUAUUUUUUACAGUCUAUUGCUUGCGUUUUCAUUAAAAUGUGUCAAUAUAAAAAAAAAGAUAACAGCUGAUAUUAAAAUAUAAAAAAGUAUGUAAAUAAUGCUUUUUCUAAUAACAGGAGUUGUAAAGACAACAACUUUUACAUUCAAUUGACGUGAUAUUGAAAAUAAUGUGUUCUUGAAUAAUCUAUGGUAUUCAUUAUGGGUUCUUAAAAGCAGUCUUUUGAAUGUGAGCGAAUUUAUUAAUAAAAAUUAUUAAUCGAGGACUGUUUAUAGUGCAUUGGUUUAGCUGUUAGCAUAUGCAUGGAAUAUGUAAAUCUAAGGUUUGUUUGUUGUCAACCUUCCAUGAUUGAAAUUGGCUAAAGUUAAGUCAAUUUAUUUGAUAUAUAAGAUUAAAUUGUCUCAAGUAUUAUAAAAAUUCUUAUAAAUAAUAAUUAUUGUUCGACGCUAGUAAUUAAAUUUAUCGUUUUGUAUGAGGUUUAUUAUAUUUGAAUUAAGCUUUACUUUAAACAAAAAAAAAAUACUAUUGGUUGUCGCUGGUUGUUGUCUAUAAAAUUAAGUUAUAGUAAAAGUCUAUACUGGAUAAUGUCCCGGUUAAAUUUACUAAGCUAAAAAGUCGAUUCAAUUCACAAUUAUUUAAUGCAUUUAAGUUGAAUAAAUAUUAGCUGAAUUUAAUAUAGCAAUUAUGUAAAACAAUUGGCAAGGCAAUAUAUUUACAAAUUUGGUCUUAAGCUUGAAGGGUACAGAAAAUGAGCUAGUAACGAUUUGAUUGUUGAGUUAUUAAUUUAUUAAUAAUUAUUAUCAUUUAAUAUAGGAAAAAGGGGAUUAUUACUACAAUAUUUGCAUUUUUUUUUAAAUUAAUACAAUGAUGUCAUUCGUACGAACUCAAUAAUAUGUGAUAUGGUACAAAAUAUUUUACCAUUCAUGAUUUGCAAAAUGUUCGUGUAAUGAAAUUGCAUACUUUCUACAUUAAUUUGAUUACGAGCAAAUCGUAUACGAAUUUGUUAAUAAACCGUUUUUUUUUUAUUAAUUUGAAAAAAAUAUUGCAAUCCACACUUUAUGUGAUAUAAUGAGUAUGUUUAAUUAAGCGCGUUUUUGUUUUCUGACGCUGGUUGUUUUUAAGUUACUUUAUGCAAAAACAAUAUCAUUCUACAUUUUCAAUUUAUAUAACUCUCUAAGCAAAAAAACAAGUACUGUCAAAGGCGUUAUUGGUCUAUAAAAGAUAUAUAUAUAUACAUCCUUUUUCAUGUACCCUUCAUUUGUUUAAAUUAUAAUAACUCUUAUUAAACAACUGUACGUGUAAUAAUUGUCGGGAGAUUUUUAAGUGUUAAUAAAAAAGUACCCUUUGAGCAUAUUGUACACCGGGUAAUGGUCACAGAAAAUUCCAAAUAAUUCGUCACAAGUAUAUACAGUAUGGUCGAAUUUUCAGGCUUCGUAACGAUUGAGAUUUUUGUAUAUUCCGAUGAUCGAUAAACAAUAAAGUGUUAUUUUAUGAAAUGCCAUACUUAUCUGGAAAUUAAAGUGAACUAUAACACGAAUGAUUUAAAAUUGCCCUGUAUUCGAACAUUUCUAUUUUCGUAUUGUUUCAAUAAAUAUAAUUUGUAAAUACAGCGUAUAAAGCUUCAGCAAUCGAAUACGAGAUGUGUCUAACGCUUUUUACUUGAAAAAAAUAUCGUGAUAAAGUGCUUUCGGUGUCUUCUUAAACUGUCAAAAAUAUUAAUGACUUCAUAUUAACGCAAUUUAUAAUUAAUUAAUUAUAUAAAUAGUUCGAUAGAUUGUUAUUCAAUGUAUAUUUAUAGAAUUUAUGUAAAUACAGUCGCUGCACACAUCGCUAACAAAAUAGUUAAUAUUAAUUAUUAUUUAUUGUUGAUUUCGAUGUGUGUAGCUAUUGUACACACCGCCUUCUAUUAUAUAUAAAUAUGUAUAGAGGUUUUCUUUGAACGAAUAUAAGGAUUUGUAAUUAUUUCCAUGUUAUCUAGAGGUGCUUAUUAUCCUAUAAAUUACCCAUUGUUAAAGUACAGUCGGCGACAGGAAUGCGUAGUCAUAAAGUAUACAAUAAAAUAUUAAAUAUCUGGUUAGUUUAAAAAUUCCGAUGAACAAUUAAUAUACAAAAAAAUUUGUCGUCACUGUUUAUAUUUUCUAAUUAAUUUACGUCGCGGACUGUACUCGGGUUGUUUGAUAAAAUCGUGCCUGAAAGAUGUUGAUGUUAUACCUAAAUUUUUAGAUUAGAUUAGAUCGAUAUUUACUAUAUAUGAGUUUAGUAGAUUUUAUACCGUCGUUCCGCGAUAUUUUCAUAGCUGUAUGUAUAGUUGAAAUGGUGUAAAUUUUAAACGUAGUUAGGCUGUAUUACGGCGACUUGUUGCAACGCUGACGUGACGCUCUAUCGCUCUUGUUUACAGAUAUGAAUUAAAAAAAAAAAAUUCAGACUAUAUUCUCAAUUUAAAUAGAGCUUUAUUAUAAUAUUUUACACACAAUUAUAUCAUAACUUGCAUUAAUUUUACAAUUCGAGCUGGUCUCAUAUAGAUAAAAAUAAUUCAAUAUCGUUUAUUUUGGUUUUAAUAUUGUAUUAACGGGUACGAGACGGAACGCGUUUACAAACGUUAAAAGCUUAAUUUAGUUAACGAUUUAUAUAAAUUUCUAGUUUUAAUGUUAUUAUUUAAGGUUUUUUUUUUAAAUUAAAAAUAAUCACAAUUACAAUGACGAUAGAGUUGUCGAAAACGUAUCUGUGAAUAGGAAUCAAUUAUAAAUGUCGAAAAUAGCUUCUGUUGUCUAUGACUUUUGAAUUAUGUACUAAAUAAAGUCCUAUGUUAUAUUUCAAUUGAAAAUAUUAAUACAAAUAUCUGUAUUUGUAAAUGAGUCCUAUUUACACAUAGUUAUGUAUCGAAUGCUUUUGUAUGGAAUGUUAAGGCGAUAUAUAAAAUAAUUAUACAUUUGUAACGAGUAUUAUGUCAUCAUUAUAUGUGCCAAUGUAUAUGUAAAAGACGUGAUUAAUUGGUGAAGCAAAUGUAAGGGAUCCUGUUUCCGAUCAAUAAGUACACGAACUAAGAUACAAAUAAUGAACGAAAUGUAUGAAAAAAUACCUUGUGUAUGGGUUUUGGUCUGUUUUUAAACGAUGGUGAGGUUCAGGUUUCUUAUGUUUAUUAUACAAGCGUCUUAUAAAUAUAUUAUAUGUGCACCAUUCUGCGCUUCUAUACAAGGAUAAACUCCCUCACUCGUAUUAUAAAAUGAAACCUUCACAAAAUGAAGACCAUUUUGUUUCAUAAACCAUUAUAUCUGCUUUCCGAGGCUCGGGAGUAUACACAAGGCCUUUUCCCAAGACCAAUCCAAUCUGAAUCCAAGACCUGGGAAUACGCCGCCAUAAAGCUAGUAGACCAACGAGGCAAUUAAAACUAAUUAAUUGUUAAUACCGUUAUUUGUACGUAACCCUUGAUUUGAUUGAACCCACUUCUUGUCGUGUUUUUCAAAUUAAUCAUUUUCAUACGUUUUAUAACCCGCACGAAUCUAGUAAAUAAUGUCACCGUUUAUAUGAAACUAGUACCCCAGUAAGGGUCCGUUCACACAGACCGGCUCGGAGAGCAUCGGCCUGCUUUUUUCUUUUCACACAGACCGGGUCGUAUACGCUUGGAAUUGGCCGGAGCGGAGCCGCCAACUAUUUCACAUCGACCGGCUGGAAGAGAUCUGAAAGCGGGUGCGAGCGAGAAAGAGCACGCAAGCGGAGCCGGUCGGCUCCUUUUAUUACUUCACACGAAGCGCGUUCAGGCAUUUUUAAUGACAAAAAAGGUGCAAAUGCAAAAAUAAACUUUACUACAAUCACUCAAAACACUGUUUCCAACGUGAUAAAAAUCUGCUCUCCUCUCCGAGCCGGUCUGUGUGAACGGACCCUAAGAGAACACACUCCUAGGAAACAGGAUACCAAUUUGAUCAUUUUGAAAUUUAUUGAAA